AUGAAUCUCCUCUCCCUCCCCGCCGAGAUCUUCCUUUCUAUCACAGACCACCUAUUCUAUAAUGAUCUUAAUUCCCUCCUCCAAAGUAACCACUGCCUCUUCUACCUCUUAUCCCCAACCCUCCGCACGCAUGCCUUCACCGACAAAGACGGUAUGCCCGCUCUCCAUUGGGCCUGCCAACAUUCCUAUCUCUCACUAGCCAGGAUAAUUCUCGACAAAGAUACAUCUCUCAUCAACUGCCACAGAAACAAAACGAAAAAAGCACCCAUAUGGCAUGCAAUCCAGGGAGGCAACGAACUCAUCGUGAGACUGCUGGAAAAAGGUGCGCCUGCAUGGACCGAAUCCAGAAACCGCCUCAACCCUCCACUGCUAUAUAUCGCGGUCCAGAAUGGAAAUGUGGAGAUUGUGAGGCUUCUAUUGGAACACAGGGCACGGGAGUAUCCGGGGGUUUCGCUAGGGUUUUUAGGGUCCAAGCCGUUGUCAGUUGCCGUGAUGAGCGGGAACGUGCAUAUGGUGAGGUUAUUGGUAGACUAUGGGGCCAAUAUAUUUGGUCGUGACGUGUGCUAUGCAUUGAGAAUGUGCAAAUCGGAGGAGAUCUUUGAGCUGAUGUGUGAGGUGUUUUCGAAGGAUAUACGGAUCCUAAUGCGGAAUAGAGAUGGUACGAAGGGCGAUUUUGCAAUGAGCCAUGAUGCGGUGGGCAGUGGGAGGGUGCUGAUGUUGGAAGUGUUGAUGGAUAGAGCUGAGAUUGUGGGUGGGGCGAGGGAGCAUGGAAAGACUUUGGUGGAGUACGCGGGGUGGUUGGGCAUAAUGGUGGAUUUGUAG